AUCGCUGACACAUCGGGGACGAGCUCACAGACAGCUCAGGUCGGGGGGACCAGAGGCAGGCAGCCAGGAGCACCCAAGACAGGAAAAUGAGACCGAGCAUGCAUGGCCAACGGGGGAAAAGUAGUGACAGAAGGUGGCUCCCUCUGUAUCAUGCUCUGUGCUUCUCCUUGUUGAAGGCUUUGGCCUACACUGUGGAACUUAACAACAUGUUUGGCCAGAUCCAGUCGCCUGGCUAUCCAGACUCCUACCCGAGUGAUUCAAGAGUGACUUGGAAUAUCACUGUCCCAGAGGGAUUUCGGAUCAAGCUUUACUUCAUGCACUUCAACUUGGAAUCCUCCUACCUUUGUGAAUAUGACUAUGUGAAGGUAGAAACUGAAGACCAGUUGCUGGCAAUCUUCUGUGGCAGUGAGAACACAGACACUGAGCAUACCCCUGGCCAGGAAGUGGUCCUCUCCCCUGGUUCCUUCAUGUCCAUCACUUUCCAGUCAGAUUUCUCUGAUGAGGAGCGAUUCACAGGCUUUGAAGCCCACUACGUGGCUGUGGAUGUGGACGAGUGCACCGAGCGUGAGGACGAGGAGCUGUCCUGCGACCACUACUGCCAUAACUACAUCGGCGGCUACUACUGCUCCUGCCGCUUUGGCUACAUCCUCCACACGGACAACAGGACCUGCCGAGUGGAGUGCAGUGACAACCUCUUUACCCAGAGAACUGGAGUCAUCACCAGCCCUGACUUCCCCAACCCUUACCCUAAGAGCUCUGAAUGCUUGUAUGUGAUUGGACUGGAGGAAGGUUUCAUGAUCAACCUGCAGUUUGAGGACAUUUUUGACAUUGAGGACCAUCCAGAGGUGUCUUGUCCCUAUGACUACAUCAAGAUUAAAGCUGGCCCAAAAGUUUUGGGACCCUUCUGUGGAGAGAAAGCCCCAGAACCCAUCAAUACCCAGACCCACAACAUCAUGAUCCUGUUCCGCAGUGACAACUCAGGCGAGAACCGGGGCUGGAAAAUCUCGUACAAGGCGACAGGGAAGGAGUGCCCAGAGCUACAGCCUCCAGUCCAUGGGAAAGUUGAGCCCUUGCAAGCCAAGUACUUUUUCAAAGACCAGGUGCUCAUCAGCUGUGACACAGGCUACAAAGUGCUGAAGGAUAAUGUGGAAAUGGACACAUUCCAGAUUGAGUGUCUGAAGGAUGGCACAUGGAGUAACAAGAUUCCCACCUGUAAAAUUGCUGACUGUGGAUCCCCUGCAGAGCUGGAACAUGGGCUGGUCACCUUCUCUACAAGGAACAACCUCACCACAUACAAAUCUGAGAUCAGAUACUCCUGCCAGCAGCCCUACUAUAAGAUGUACCACAAUAUCACAGGUAUAUAUACCUGUUCUGCCCAAGGAAUCUGGAUAAAUGAAGUACUUGGAAGAAACCAGCCCACCUGCCUGCCAGUGUGUGGGCUCCCCAAGUUCUCCAGGAAGCUGUUAGCCAGGAUCAUCAAUGGACGCCCAGCUGAGAAAGGCACUACCCCCUGGAUUGCCAUGCUGACGCACCCAAGUGGGCAGCCCUUCUGUGGAGGCUCCCUUAUAGGCUCCAACUGGAUUUUGACCGCGGCUCACUGCCUCCACCAUUCACUGGAUCCAGAUGACCCAGUCUUCCAUGACUUUUACAGGCUCACCCCUUCUGACUUCAAAAUCAUCGUUGGUAAGCAUUGGAGGUCCCGGUCAGAUGAGACUGAACAGCAUCUCAUGGUCAAACACAUCUUCCUCCAUCCCCUGUAUGAUCCCAACACAUUUGAGAAUGACGUGGCUCUGGUGGAGCUGUUAAAGGGCCCGGUGCUGAAUGACUUUGUGAUGCCCAUCUGUCUGCCAGACCGGCCCCCGGAGGAAGGGGCUAUGGUCAUCGUCAGUGGCUGGGGGAAGCAGUUCUUACAGAGGUUCCCAGAGACCCUGAUGGAGAUUGAAAUCCCAAUUGUUAAUCACCGCACUUGCCAGAAUGCCUAUGCCCCAGUGAAGAAGAAAGUGACCGGGGACAUGAUCUGUGCUGGGGAUAAGGAAGGGGGGAAAGACUCCUGUGCAGGUGACUCUGGAGGUCCCAUGGUAACCCUGGAUAAAGAGAGAGGCCAUUGGUACUUGGUGGGCACGGUGUCCUGGGGCGACGACUGUGGAAAGAAGGACCGCUACGGAGUAUAUUCCUACAUCUACAGCAACAAGAACUGGAUCCAGACAGUCACCAGUAUGAGAAAUUGAAUUCAGUUUUGCACCACCUGCCCGUGCUCAGUCAGCAGCAGAGGAUAAUUAUCUGAUGCAAGACACCCUCGCCCUUCGCCCACCUCAUUCAGCCCAUUACUGGCCAAUAAUGGGGCCAUCUCAGCCCCAUUUUCUCCUUCUUUAAAGCAGCGGAGUAGCUGAGUGAUCAGAACAGAGGGCUGAAUCCAGCCUCUAUCACUCAAUACGUUUGUAAUGCUGGGCAGGCGACUUUGCCUCUUUGAACCUCAAUCUCUUUGUAUUCUGAAAAUCACAUACCUUACCUACCUCAUAAAAGUUUGAUGAGUAUUGAAUUAACCAGUAUAUAUACAGCACUUAGCGCAGUGCAGGCAUAAACUAAGGGCCCAACAUGUGUAACUUAGCAGUCAGUGUGUCUACCAGGAAGGCAAAGUUCUCUUACAAAUCCUGGCUGGUUCUUAAGGAUGACCAGUGUGUACCCUUCCCUUCAACUUUGACCACUUCUUUCAACUGCCCCCAAACGCUGUGCUUCUGUGCUACCACACACCUUUUCCAACCCCAACCCCUACCCCCCAUAAUAAAAGAAAAAGAGAAAAGUCCCACAGCAAUGCAUGAGCUAGACACCAAAUUGCGAGAGAACUUUGCAAGAAGCAGGGCAGAGAGGGAGAUUGGGAAUGGUCAGCUGGGAAGCCAGACACCAGGCCCUAGAACUAGCUCUGCCCCCAGCUCUUCGUGUGACUAUAAGCAGGACUACCCCUCUUCCCAAAGGACUAUCUGGCUAUUUCCAGCUCUGACUAUCUAAGAUCCAAAGAAGCCAUUUCUCCUUGAUGAGAUGAGUUAAAGCCAAAUAACCAAAAGGCAAAGACUACCUUAGAGUUUAAUAGAGUUUUGAUGCAGAGAAAAUACUGCUGCUGCAGUAACCUCCACCCUUCACCACGCCUUGGUUCCCGAAGACAUAGCCCAGGCAAAGUGCCAGUCAAGGAAUCUUCCCUUAUUCCUAAACAUAGCAUUAGUCCUAGGCCCCAACCCCCUUCCCUUUCUGAGAAUCUGAGCUACACAAGGUCAGCCCUGAAAGGCUAGACUCGGGGCCCUGAACCCUCCUUCCCUGUGUCCACAGCUGCCCCCACACAGCCAUUGUCCCGAUUCCUCACCCCUGUUCCUUACCCUGAACACUCUAGCCCCACACAGUGAUAAGUUUCCUAUGCAGAAUUUCCUCAGGGAACCAGCUCCUGUCUCAGGAAGUUCCUAGAGAACUCGCCCCUGCAGAACGCUGAGAUUUAAGCCCAUCCAGGCAUCAGAAGUCCCAAGUCCCUGUCUGGUUCUGUGAAAAUUGGUCUUCGCAGCAGACUUCAGUUCUUGACUUGCACUGGUGCUGCUGGAAUCAUUCAGGGUCUCUUGCUGAAAGAAAGCACAAGGAGUGAGACUGAAUGAGACUUAUGGACACUAAGCCUAAGGCUGAAUGCUCAGGGAUAGCAGGUCACAGCCUGCUUCUGCUUCUAUGAGCUAGUCAUUCUACCUCUCUGUGCCCUGCAAGUUACUCUGAAAAGGGAAGAUGACAGUGAGACUCAACUCCAUCAGACAUUUGUCCAGCAAGCUUGAGAUCCUUUUCAUGCGCCAAAGAAGAAAUGUGAUGCUGGAAAUUGUGAUCUAGGAAAUUCCUCUGGAAUUGUCCUAGAACAUUCCAAAACUCCAUUCCUCCCUGAUCCGCAGCACUGCCUGGGAGUGCUCAUGUACCAGGCUGUGCUAACUGCUCCAGAGACUGAUGAGAUGAGGGGAACAUGAUUCCUACCUUCCAGAAGCUCCAAAGGGGCAGAACUGACACAUACACAGGUGCCCACCUUGAACAGAAUGAACCCCCCUGCCACACCCCAUCACUGUGAUGUGUCGGAGCAGCGCAGAGGCCCUGGAGGAAGGAACAUCAGGAAGGCACCCCAGACAAUGUGAUGCUGGAGCUGAACUCUGAAGAGGGUGGGCAUUCCCAGGUAAGACAAGGAGGCCUUCCAGGUGGAAAGAGAGCAGAGCAAACAAAUGUUCCCUGAGGCUUUCCUCAGAUUAUACUAUCUUCUCUCACAAAAAUUACGUCUAGUAGACUCAUGUUCUGAUUCUGGAAUCAGAACCAACAUUUAAGGGGACUUUCUCCUUAAAGUCAGAGACAACAGUGAGACUUGGCCUCAAGAUUUGUAUACAAAUACUGGUCCCCCCACCCCCACUAAUCAAAAGGAGAGCCUUCCUAUUAAGCCUCUCAUAAGCCAAAAUAGCGUACAGUGAAGGAACAAUUACCUUAGGACACAUCUUCCUAAUUGAUGCACAAAAUAUAUCCAGGUAAAGCACAGGUGCUCAAAGACACCGUUCAAAGCUAUGGCACCUUGACACUGAGAGGCUGGGCCUGGUUCCCGGGAAAGGAGCUUGGCCAGCUGCUAUUACCACUCAGAGUGUGCGAUGUUUCUGUAAGAGCUUGCUGCAAAACAAACUCUGAACCCUACUUUUGCUUUUCACCUUUUUUUCCUUAAAACUGAAAAUCCGCUUCAGAUUUCUUUUGGUUAGUGGAACAGGUACUAAUGUAAUGCACUUUUUUGUAAAAGUGAAGUGCAGUAAAUCAAACCUUCAAAAAGCAGAGGAUAUCUGUCUGUACCAACUUCAGAGUGGACACAGUUUAUCCCAUCUAUUCUUCCAAUUGCAAUUUUAUUCUUUUCCCGAGGAAACAUCUAAAUGUGCUGUAUAAAGAUCUAUCAGCCCCCACACUGCUGCUAAGGUGCAAGAAACCUAAAUCUCUCACAGAGCCACAGAAGCAGAGGGUUGGCAUGUCUAUUAGGACCAUCUUGUCUUGAUCCAUGACCUCUUUCUUGAACAUUUCUGGAGAUGGGAAAUCCAUGACCUCCAAAUGCAGUCCAUUCCCACUUCAACAGGAGCUGCCUCUUCCAAAAGUCACUUCUAUGCAACCAAAUCCACCUCCCUAGACUAUAGUUUUAUAUGUAAAGCUAUGACUUUAUACCAUGAAGGUUGUUAUUGUCAUAAAGAUCAUGCCAAUUUCAUUAGCAACAGAAGCUGUUGUUCUUGUGGGUGACUACGCAUUUGUUCCAAUAAACAUCUGCAUUGAGUCAAAGCAUCCUGU